AAAAUGAGAUCUGUUUUUAGCUUCAGCAGAAUUCAAUGUGUGAAAAUGCUUACACAAUGUUAAUAUGCAAACUGCUUGACUGUGAAAAGAGUUGUUUUCACACUAACUUUUCUGACCUCAGUAGAUAAGGAUCAGUGUUCAGGAGAGAAAGAAAUAAUGUAUUUUAAAGCGUGCACUUACUCCUGCUUAUGAGGUGUCUUUUUUAUAGAUUUUUUUUCCAGGCCAAUAGGUGCAUUCAGAUCAAGGAACGUUAGAGAGUCCAGGCAGUGAAGUCUUGUGAUCCUUUAUUUUGAUAUUGUGGAUUAUUUUGGAUGUGUAAGUAGUCGGCCCAUCCUGUUAAUAGACUUGUGUCUAUCUUUUGGAUGUCGCUGCCAGAUGCAAAUUUUUGCCCAGACUGAACUGACCUGGAUAUGCAACAUGCACAACAGCACUGCUGAAGCUCCGCAUGCAACUGGAACAAGUAACGAGACUUUGUCCACACUGGCACCGAGCUCUGAGUUUUCCCUGGGCGUGUUGGUGCUGCUGGCUUUCCUCAUGGUGUUGCUGGCUCUGGUCACCACCUUGGGAAACAUCCUGGUGAUCUUUGCUUUCAUCACAGACAGAAACCUGAGGCAUCGGAGUAACUAUUUCUUUCUCAAUCUUGCUAUUUCUGACUUUGCAGUGGGUGCGUUCUGCAUGCCUCUCUACAUCCCUUACAGCCUGACGGGGAAAUGGCACUUGGGAAGAGGCGUCUGCAAGCUCUGGCUUCUUAUGGACUAUCUCCUGUGCACAGCUUCAGUAUUUAGCAUCGUUCUUAUCAGCUAUGACCGUUUCCUGUCAGUUACUAAAGCUGUCUCUUACAGAGCCCAGCAGGGAAUCACGUCCAACCCUGUCAUCAAGAUGGUGGCCACCUGGGUCUUUGCCUUCCUUCUCUACUGCCCGGCCAUCCUCUUUUGGGAGCACAUGGCCGGACGCAGCGUGGUAGCGGUGGAUCAGUGCUACGCUGAGUUCUACGACAACUGGUACUUCCUCCUGUGCGCGUCCACCCUGGAGUUCUUUGUGCCACUGUUCUCGGUGACCUACUUCAACGUGCACAUCUUCCACAGCAUCCAGAGGCGGCAGCGGCACGGCAGCACGCAGGACUGUGAGCCUGCGAGGAGCGGCAGCCUGUCCUGGGGAUUUUGCCUCUUGCCAAGGCCAGGAGCAUCUUCUUCUCCAUUGGAGGCAGAGGACAGUGGUUCUUCCUCCACAAGGCCAAAGAAAGAGUCUUUGGUAACUGAGAGCUCAUCUCCAUAUAGGAGCAAUUCUGUAAUCCCAGAAAAUGACUUCUCUGUUUCUUUCUGUACAAGGACCAGGUCAAAACUGCAGCAGGACAAGAAAAUAGCAAAAUCACUUGCCAUAAUUGUGUGUGUCUUUGCCAUUUGCUGGGCCCCAUACACUUUACUAAUGAUUAUUCGUGGGGCCUGCCGAGGAACCUGUGUCCAUAAAUCCCUGUAUGAAAUAACCUUUUGGCUUUUGUGGCUCAAUUCCGCUAUGAAUCCAUUUCUCUACCCCCUCUGUCAUGUUAAAUUUCGCAUGGCUUUCAUGAAAAUACUAUGUCCCAAAAAGUUUGCAACAAUGAGAUCAAGCUCUCUUUAGAAGGAAAAAACAAAUUAAAAAAAAAAAAGGAGCUGGAUGAGGGAUGUAGGUAGCUACAGUUUCACAGUUUGAAAUUAGAGUUAGUCUCUUCCAGGAGAUUAGUCUAGUUAGAAAGCCUAGAUAAGCCUUCCAUGAAAUAUGUCCUUCUUCAGACAAACAUACAUGCCCAAAGUUGGUGUAUGUUCACUAGCUGUUUCAACUGGCUGGUUAAAGGAUUUUGCCUCUGUUUGACUUUCCCUAGUAGUCUAUCAUUGUUGUCUUAAUUCUAGUUGUUGAAGAUACUAUCUUCAAUUGCAGUACAGCUUACAUUUGUGUUCAUGGGUGUUAUUAGUUUAAAAUAUAAUAAAGGUGGAUAAUAAAUGUGUGUAUUUGCCAUAAGGUCAAUAGUAUUCUAAAGUUAAUAUCUAUUCUAUUUCUUUUGAACAGUUUGUACUGCAUUCAGAAGUUUUUUUUUCCUUAUCAUAAAACAUCCAGUUAAGUUAAGAGUUUUGUUGUCAGGCACAUAGGAUUGACAUAGCAUAACAUGAGGUGGCAAUCUGUCCGAAAGCCAACAGUAUCCAGGGCUGCAUCAAAAUGAGUGUAGCCAGCAGGUCAAAGGAAGUGAUUCUCUCCCUUUAUUCCUCUCUGAUGAGGCUCCACCUGAAGUCCUGCAUCCAGCUCUGGGGCCCCCAACAUAAGAAGAACAUGGACCUGUUGAAGCAAGUCCAGAGGAGGCCACAAAGACAAUCAGAGGACUGGAUCACUUCUAUGAAGAUGGGUUGAGAGCGUUGGGGUUGUUCAGCCUAGAGAAGAGAAGGCUGAAGGGAGACCUUGUAGCAGCCUUCCAGUACCUAAAGGGGACCUACAAGAUAGCUGGAGAGGGACUUUUUACCAGGGUCUCUAGUGAUAGGACAAGGGGUAAUGACUUUGAACUGAAAGAGGGUAGAUUUAGAUUAGAUAUAAAGAUGAAAUUCUUCACGAUGAGAGUGGUGAGACACUGCACCGGGCUGCCCAGAGAAACUGUGGAUGACCCAUCCCUGGAAGUGUUCAAGGCCAGGUUGGAUGGGGCUUUGAGCAACCUGGUCUAGUGGAAGGUGUUCCUGCCCAUGGCAAGGGGUUGGAACUAGAUGCCGUUUAACGUCCAUUCCAACUCAAGCCAUUCUAUGAUUCUAUGAUGCUAUGAUUGCUUCCUUUUGCUAAGGAUGUUUGGACAUUAGGGGAAUACAGGGACUACUUUUAAAAACUCAAGUGAAGGUGUUCUCUGCAGAAGGGCAUUAAUCUGUGUACUUGCUCACAUGCAGCAGUAGAGAAUUUAGAUAUGUAAAGCAUUUAUGUGCAUCUCCAUCUAUUCUUCAGCAAACAAGCCUUCUACACCUAUAAUUUUGAGAGAUCAUAGAAAAGAGUAGUAUUUGUUCUUACUCCCAGAGGGAGAAAAUCUGUUGCUUUUGGCCUGGAGAAGGAUGUGCGCAGCAGUCCAAGUGGCUCUAACACUAAAUAGUCCCCUCUGGAUUGUUUUGUCACUCCCAGGGAAGCUCUAACCCGUACUGUGAGAAACACUGGUCUUACAAGCCUUACUUAGCUCCAAAUAUGACAUAAUGCAUAGGCACCAAGUCAACUCCACACCUAAGUAAAUCCCCAUUCAGUUCAGUGUGCCAGCAAGCAAGAAGUUUGAAUAACUGAGAAACAGGCUAAAUGUGAAUAUUACAUCUAAUUUGUCCUCUUCUGUACUUCUAUUUCUGUUACAAGCCAUUUGUUGGAGGUUAUGAUAAAUGUGUAUAUUUCUUACAUGCUAUGUAAGGUUGUGUUUGAUUUGCUGCAUGAGCCAGGAAAAUGACCUUGAUGACAACCUAUAGCAUGUGGGGUAGCUUAGCUGGGACAGCAUGGAGAUGAUCUUCUUUCAGUAUAUAGUUUCCAAAACUGUUAAGGGUUGUUUAUUUGCACAACUCUGAAGUUAUCAUGUACUAGAUUCCUUACUAAAUUAACAGGUGUAACUCUUUAUAAUAUAGUUUAUUUUCAUCAUACUGUCACUAAGUAUAAUGCCAGCAAAUAAAUGGAAGAAUAAAUACUAAAGAAACAUGA